UGCUGUUCUCCGAACUGAAAGCCCCGUAAGCGGUGAAAUGGCCGAUGGGAAGCACCCUAACUGGGGUGGGCUGCGAUAGGGUGGCGUUGACUUCCGACGGCGAUGCAGUCAGCUGGCGGUUCAGCUGGGAAGCGUUCUCGGGCCCAGCUGGAGCGGGUAUGUCUUCAGGUUGACCUCCGGCCACCCCAUCCUGUCCGCCGUGAUCUGAAAUUUCUCUCUAAACAUCGUUUAAAGCUCUGGUGGUGUAUCGUACACCUCGUAGCUCGCCUUCCAAUGCCCAAAGACUAGUAGGCGACCUCUCCUUCUUCAGAGCCCACUAAGCCAAUUUGCGAAUAGUGAGAAGAGCCUCAUGGGAGACGUGGCUAAUGUCGAAGUUAUCAGGUAACUAGCCUCGUCCGUUACAUAAUGUAUCAAGUUCCUCAUAUCCCA